UGGAGGGGAUCAUGGGCAUUUUUCCACGCCCAUUUUAGCAACCUGAGCCUACCUGACCCGACCCGACUCGCACUGUAAUCAAUGUUGCGGGGCAAUAGUUUGUGUGGGUUAGAUUCAUAAAUCUGUCAGUUCAUACUUCUUGUCAAGAAUCAAAUUUGACUCUGAUGUUUCUGACCUGAAUAUUGCCAGUGCCUUUUAAAGUCUAAUUUGGUCGCUGGUUUCUGAGACUUCACAAGCUUUUAAUCGUCAACUUGGUUAAUUAUGGCUGAAGGAGGAGAUGCCAAUAACACCAGCAAUGAUAAUGUGACUCUUCCAGGAGUAGCACCAGUCAAAUCUCAAUAUCUGAUCAGCAAAGAUAAAUUCCAUGAAUAUCUUGAUGACGAAAGAAAUAAAGACCUAAAACUUGCUGGCAAUUUAGAUGCAAGUGAAGAUACUCUGAAACAUGAAUCAAAAAAAGUUAAAAUUGGUGAAGAUGAUCAUGAUGCAAAUGAAUCUGAAAAGAGUAGCACAGAAUUACGUCAAAGUAAAGACAAUUGCAAAGAAAGUAAUAAGAAGGCCAGGGGCCAAAAUAAAAACAGGCCUCAUAUGAAGCCAAACCAGUAUGAACACGAUCGAAAGUUGUGUACCUCAGUAGUUCGGGAACAUCCAGGAAAAUGUUACUAUGGUGAAAAGUGCAGAUUUUUACAUGAUGUGUCGGAGUACCUAGCAUUGAAACCUGCUGAUAUUGGAGAAAAUUGCUACUUGUAUGAUACAUAUGGAAGAUGUCAAUAUGGCAUUUCCUGUCGCUAUGCACAAUCUCACAUUGGGCCAGAUAACAAGAAUCUUAUUAAGGAGGAUCUUAUAAAAAUGUGGGAAACAAAAGUGAUAGUGAAAAACACCAUUGGCAAAGAACUGCAGCAUAUUCUUCGUAAAAAAAAAUUUUCUUUUCCAAAAUCUGAGCAAUACUUGAAAAUGAUAAAUGUAAAUAAUGAUUCAAGAAAACAAAAUAAUCCAGAAGACAAAACUGGUUCCACCCAGGUUAAUACUGAUUUGAGAGUGGAGAUAGAGUCAGCUUUUAGUGUUGUAAGUGUAGCCACCCAAGAAAAUAGUGUUUGCAUACCACCAAAGAAUAACUUAAUUGCAGAAUCGCAGGAUAAAUUUGCCUGUCCUGGAAACUUAUUGGAAAAACAGACCAUUCCAGGUUCUGAAACAGAUGCCAGUUCUGUAAAGGACAACAAACAAAUGUCUUCUGCAACUAGAUUAGGUGUUGUGACUGAUGAAGAUAUCAUAAAGCUUCGAUCGUGUGAGAAAAAACAACUGAACUUCAGAGAUAAGCUAUACCUGGCACCACUGACAACAUGUGGAAAUCUUCCUUUCCGUCGAAUCUGUAAAAGACUUGGAGCUGACAUCACUUGCGGAGAGAUGGCAAUUUGCACAAACCUUUUGCAAGGCCAGUCUUCAGAAUGGGCACUGUUGAAACGUCAUCACACAGAAGACUUCUUUGGAGUACAGCUAGAGGGAGCUUUUCCGGACACCAUGACAAAAUGUGCUGAGCUUCUCAACCAGACGAUUGACGUUGAUUUUGUUGAUAUUAAUGUUGGCUGCCCAAUAGAUUUGGUAUAUCAGAAGGGUGCAGGUUGUGGUCUAAUGCAUCGUUUGACCAAAUUAGAACAGAUUGCAAGAGGAAUGGUUUAUGUGUUGGAUGUUCCAGUGACAGUAAAAUUAAGGACUGGUGUACAUGAAAAGAUCAAUAUUGCUCAUAAAAUAUUACCCCAUCUUAGGGAUUGUGGUCUUUCCUUGAUUACACUCCAUGGUCGAUCCAGAGAGCAACGAUACAGUAAAUUAGCAGACUGGGAUUACAUUGAUUACUGUGCUCAGGUGGUUAAACCAAUGCCAUUGUUUGGAAAUGGUGAUAUUUUGUCAUUUGAAGAUGCCAACAGAGCCAAGACAACGACCGCUGUGUCCGGAGUUAUGAUUGCAAGAGGGGCACUAAUUAAACCAUGGCUAUUUACUGAAAUCAAAGAGCAACGACACUGGGAUAUUUCCUCACAAGAAAGAUUUGAGGUUCUCCGGGAUUAUAGUAACUAUGCGUUGGAGCACUGGGGAUCAGAUACACAAGGAGUGGAGAAGAGUAGAAGAUUUCUCUUAGAGUGGCUGUCAUUCUUAUGCAGGUAUAUUCCAGUAGGUCUUCUGAAACAUGUACCUCAAAAAAUCAAUGAAAGACCUCCUUAUUAUUUGGGCAGAGACUAUUUGGAAACCUUAAUGGCUAGCCAAAAUGUGUGUGACUGGAUCAAAUUAAGUGAAAUGCUAUUGGGACCUGUUCCUCCAAAUUUCACCUUCGUGCCUAAACAUAAAGCAAAUUCCUUCAAGUGAAGAUAAGAAGAGAAGCUGCAAGAAACUCAAUUGUUUUACUAAUGCCUUCACUAUUGAAUUCAUACUGAAAUUAUGUAUAAUCUCAUGCAAAUUGAAUGCACUGAAUGUCGACUGGAGGGGUGAGCGAUUACUGAAUUGUAGAGGCUAUUAUUAUGGCUUCCUGUAAAUUUUAUGUAAUUAAUAUUUUUGGAAAUUUUAAAUAAAUAUUCAUUUACUUUCUUUCCAUAUUGUUGCAUUUUCCAGACUGUUCAAAACAUUAUCAAUACAUUUAUGGUUAUUUUACAGUCUUUUUGUAUUGCACAAUCCAUUGAAUUUUAUAUUUUGCUUCUUUGAGUGGACGGGGAAUGAAGAUCUCCUGUUUCCAAUAUGGCGUCAGAAGUGGUUCGAAAUUCACACACUUGUAGUCAUUUAUGAAGAAUGGAGAUGACCUUGUCUUGGCUUUUGUUUCAUGAGAAAUGUUUAUACAGUUGUUUGAGGUGGAAAUUGUUAAAGUAGGAGAAACUGAUAUAUAGCUAUUAUUCUUUCCUUUGGUAUUCAUUUCACUUUCUGGAGAACUUUGUUCCUGAGACUUAGAAACUUCUUUGUUUGUAAGAACAUCCCAGAAAGAGGGAAAGAGUGGUACAGGUAAUUCAUAAUGGAACCACUCUAAAUGGCCAUAAGUUCUUAUUCCAGGAAGCGUCUGUGUUGCAUGGCUUUCAGCAUGAACUGAACGUAUCAGUGUUGUAUUUGUAGACACUAUUUCUUCUUGAAGAUUGUGAGUUUUAAUGUUGUCAUCUUGAAACUUUGGAUUAUAAAGUUCCUGUUCUGAUAGAGAGGGUUCUCUGCGUAUCACCAGUGUUGAUAAAACAAAUGCACCAUGUGUUUCCUUUUGUAAAAUUUGUAAUAGACCCACCUUAACUUGUUUGUGAAGAAAUCUCCUAGUUUGUGAAUAGGAAUGACUCAAGAGAAGUUUCCUUUUGUCCAUUUUUCUUUCUUCACAAAUGCCUUAACUUAUGAAAAUGUGGUUAUUUUUGACCAUGUAAGGCUUGUUUGCUUUCCAAUGAUUCAUCUCUUGGAUUUUCUCUGAAUAUUUAUUUCUGCUGCUGCAAAUGUAACGAUAAAAUCAGAUCUGGAACAUAGAAUGCUUAGUGUAGAAUUCUGUUUGUUGAUGAUCUUUAUGACUAUUACAUCAUAAAAGGAUUUAAUGCCCACAAUUAAGCAAAUUACAAGCUUAAUAAGGUUGACCAAGCCUGAGGAUCUUUCUUUAACUGGUUAAUAUAACAGACCUAUGUAAUGCUUUAGAUACCUUUAAAGAAAGUGUACAUACAUUCUUUCAAAUUGUUUUAAUUUAAAGUUUGAGCAUUCUGCUGACUGGUAAUAAGUUGAAUCCACAAUACUCUGCAGAAUGUGAUUUUGUAGCUUAGCAGAAAACUGAAAUCUACGUAGAUGUUAAUUCAUGGACUAUUACAAUUCUACUGAUCUGUAGAGAAAAAUAAUCUUUUAAAAUGUAAGCAAAAAUGUAGCAUUCUGGAGGAAAAGAUUUCAACUUAGCCACUGAAACUCAGAUAGUAUAACUGGACACAUUUCUACUGUAGAUGUGGCUGAGAAUCCAAGAUGGUGUUUUAGUAAGUUCAAAUAUUCAAUUUUGUUUGCUUCAUAGUGAGACGUCAGAAUAAUAACAGCAGUAGGGUUCAUAGUCUAUUGUAGUGAAUCCCUCUCGAUCAGUUCAUUAGUUGCUUCCAAUGACAUCCCCAUUUAUCCGUCCAACUUUAGAAUUUAAAAUUUAGAGAUACAGCGGAGAAACAGGCCCUUCAGCCCACCAAAUAUGUGCCAAAUAGCACCCACCUAAUAUUCUUUUUUUGCCAUUUUUAUUUUUUAUUUUUUAAUAAGAAUGACAUUUUACCACUUAUUUUCUGCUGGUUCAAGAGUUUUAGCAAGGUUAAACUUUUACCUGCUUUAAUUCUUUAUCAUUAAUCCAUGAUCUUUGAAUACAUUUCUUAUGGAUGGAUUUAUGAGAGAGUUAGAUAGAGCUCUAGGGGCUAGUGGAGUCAAGGGAUAUGGGGAGACGGCAGGCACGGGUUAUUGAUAGGGGACGAUCAGCCAUGAUCACAAUGAAUGGCGGUGCUGGCUCGAAGGGCCUAAUGGCCUCCUCCUGCACCUAUUUUCUAUGUUUAUAUGUUUCUAUGGCAGGUCGCUGGUCUUGGCAAAUUUGCAUUUAGUGACUUAAUUUAUGCAUUUUAACCAUGUACUUCCUUUCUUCACUUCAUCUUUUUUCGUAGAGAAAGAUGAAAUUGAUUGGUGAAUCAAAACUGCAACAAAGUCCUUGAAUCUCCUCUUAGCAGGCAAACCAGACCACUUCCAAAAGAUGUGGUCUACGUUUUUAGAAUUAUUACAAGCAUAAGGUGCAAUAGUAAUUUUAUAAAUAAAUAAAUAAACAAACAAAUAAAUAAAUAAAGGGUUCCAGGAUCUGGUUAUAAAAAACAAAAAACAACAACAGACUUGGUUGGUAGUCUCCUUUCUGCAGAGUUUAAUGUUAUAAUAGAGCGAUUGUUUCUCCUUUCUUUUUCCUUCUUUUCUAGGGUCUACUUUCUUUCUUUACUUCCUUCUCUAACUUCUUUUCUAAGGGGCUUUCUUUUCUUAACACUCUCCUGCACCUUCACGACUCUUGCGCACUUUCCUUACUUCCUUUACUUCUAUCUUUUUCUCAAAGCUCAAAAAAUGAA